GAACGCUCACCCUCCGCAGUCACUUGCAGUUGUAUGAUAAUAUCUGAUGGCAAGACUCUCGGUAUUUAACAUGCCGAGCGCGUGGCCUCGGCCACGCCUCUGUGCUCUCACAAGGCUGCUUCAUCCUUGCAAUUGAUUGAGCAAGCAUCCUAGCUCAACACCAGCAAUGGCUACUACCAAACAGCGUGCUCCCCUCCGUCCGGGCGUCUACUGCCCCACGACCACAUUUUUCAAACCUGAAUCUGAAGACCUCGAUAUUCCAUCCAUCCGCAAACAUGCCGUUCGUCUUGCAAAGGCGGGUCUGGUUGGCAUAGUCGCCAUGGGAUCCAACGGCGAAGCGGUCCAUCUCACGCGCGAAGAGCGUAAGACGGUAACCCGCGAGACAAGAUCCGCUUUGGACGAGGCUGGUUUCCACAAUGUGCCCGUCAUCGUCGGGGCAAGUGAACAGAGCAUCCGGGGCACGUUGGAUCUGUGCAGGGACGCCGCGGAGGCUGGCGGCGAGUAUGUCCUUGUUAUACCCCCGAGCUACUACCGAGUUGCUGUGGGUAACGAUGAGACGCUCUACGAGUUCUUCACAGCCGUCGCAGAUGGGUCCCCAUUGCCUGUGAUUCUGUACAACUAUCCCGGUGCCGUGGCGGGAAUCGAUAUGGAUUCAGACCUCAUCAUCCGCAUCUCUCAACAUCCCAAUAUUGUCGGCACAAAAUUCACUUGUGCCAAUACAGGGAAAUUGACACGUGUUGCUCGUGCCUUGAAUGCAAUCACACCUCCUUCUCCCUUGGUGCCAACUGUCAAGACCACCGCAUCGACAAAGAAAGUCGAGAAUCAUCCCUACGUUGCCUUUGGCGGAGUCGCGGACUUUACUCUCCAGGCGCUUGUCUCGGGUGGUUCGGCCAUGCUCGUGGGUACCGCAAACGUCAUCCCCCGUCUCUGCGUGCAUAUCUUCAACCUCUGGGCCGCCGGCCGUCUCGCGGAAGCCAUCGAGGUCCAGAAACUGCUCAGCGAUGCCGACUGGGUUCUCACCAAGUCUGCCAUUCCCGGUACCAAGAGUGCUAUUCAGAGCUACUUUGGCUAUGGCGGGUAUGCGCGCCGGCCAUUGGCACGUUUUACCGAGUCCCAGGCAAAGGCUGUAGCAGAUGGGAUCAAGGAAGCGUUUGAGGUCGAGAAAACCUUGCCUGAUAUUUCUUGAGUUUUUUGUUGGGAUUGAGAUGGAUCGCUUAGUUUUACGCAGCAAAUGGCAUACUAUUUUAACAGCAGAGAAUGUUAUGGCGUAUUUUCCAAGUUGAAGUAACUUGGGUAUAGAAAUAGAUGUAAAAUCCCA